AUGAUGCUCAUUUGGAUAUCACCAUUUGGCAUGUCAUUACUCUUUUCAAUUAUCAUAUCAGCAACAACUGCCGCUACAGUAGGGACACCUUUACAUCCAAUUGUAUUGGUACCCGGUUAUGGUGGAUCACAGUUAAAAGCAAAACUUAUUGGAAAACCUGAAACUGUACAUUAUUGGUGUGCUCGACAAACGGAUAAUUUCUUCGAUUUAUGGUUAAAUUUGGAAUUGUUAUUGCCAACAAUAAUCGAUUGUUGGGUGGAUAAUAUGAAGUUAGUAUAUAACAGAACAACGAACAAGACAUCAAGUAUGCCGGGUGUCCUGAUUGAUGUUCCCGGAUUCCGGAAUACAAGUACCGUGGAAUGGUUGGAUACGUCAAAAGCAUCGGAAGGACGUUAUUUCACGGAUAUCGUUGAAGCUCUCCUACCAUUUGGCUAUCGUCGAGGUAAAAAUAUCGUGGGUGCACCUUACGAUUGGAGACAAGCACCAAAUGAAUUCGAAGACUAUUAUUCAAAUUUGACAAAAUUGAUUGAAGAAACUUAUCGUUCCUGCGGUCACAAGAAAGUGAUCAUUAUUGCACAUAGCAUGGGCAAUCCGUUAAUGCUCUAUUUUUAUAACCGAAUCGUCACACAGGAAUGGAAGGACAAAUUUAUUCAAUCGCAUAUUUCGAUAGCUGGCGCCUGGGGCGGUGCACUUCAAAUUAUCCGUCUUCUUGCUUCAGGCUAUAAUAUGAACCACUAUAGAAUUUUGUUACCGCCAAGUUCAUUGCGUGAAAUGCAACGGUCAUUCACCAGUUCGACGUUUCUUUUUCCCAGUUAUAAUGUUUGGAGUGAAGAUGAAAUAUUGGCAACAGUUGACAACAAAAAUUACACGCUAAAAAACGUGGAAGAAUUUUUCAAAGAUAUUAACUAUGAAGUUGGCUGGUAUCAGUAUCAGAAUACAGCUCAUUUACUCGGCAAUUUUCGGGCACCGAACGUUGAGGUACAUUGUAUUUAUGGGUAUGGCAUUGACACACCAGAAUCUUUUGAAUGGUCUAAAAAGCGAUUUCCGGAUUAUCAACCAGAUACCAUUUAUGGUGAUGGUGAUGGUACUGUUAAUCGACGUUCUCUUGAAGCAUGCAAAAAAUGGAUUGGUAAAAAUAGUAGCAGAAAGAUAUCCCUCUAUGCGAUCAAGGAUGGCGAGCAUAUGGAUAUUUUGGCACAGAAAAAAGUGAUCGAACUGAUUAAAAAUAUUGCAUUUAUGAAUAACUAA